AUGAAUUCUGUGGUGUCUGAUGUACCCUUGAGCGUUCCGAUAAAAGAUCUACAAACACGUACUGUACCAAGCCAUAGUUCGUUUGAAUAUAAUGGCGAAAUUUGGUGCGUGAAAGGUGUAGGCUAUUACCUACCAGAAUGCCAGAGAAGCCGAUCGAACAUGUCUGCAACAGCCUACGAGUCUACUAUACCCACCCACUAUGCCCAAACUCAUGCCCAGACUCAUGCCCAGACUCCUUCAACCGCGGUCACUUGUGGAGAAGCCGUCGGUCCUGGGUUCCUAGACGAAUCUCUUAAUCUCAACCCUUACCAGCAGUUUGAGAAAUUUAGUUUUGACGAUCUAGUGGUAUCCAAUUCAUUGGAGCAACAGAUGCGAACUAUUGAACAUACAAAUACAAACAUAAACAUAAACCUAAGCACAAAUACACAGCCACAACCACAACCACAACCACAACCACAACCACAACCACAAUCACAAUCACAACCACAACCACAACUACAAUCGCAACUACAAUCACAGCCGCAGUCUCAGUCGCAAUUCAUGGAUCAAAUGUUCUCCCAUCCAGAAAACGUACCAACCCACCAUAUGUCGAAAUGCAGCUACCAGAUCCCCCAAUUCACCGACCCUGUAUUUGACGAUAAUCAGCCUCAAAAUGCAUCUCUUGUCUACUCAGCCGAUUCAAUAGGUGCGCACACACCAGAAAGUCAUGUAUUUCAACGUCGGGUGGAAUACACUUCACCGCAUUGCACAGUUGAAUCCCAAACGAUGGUUGACUAUCCGUUUUAUAAUCCUUGUGCAGCUAUACAAGAUUACCCUGUGACUCAGCCCUUUUCAGCCUUGACAAGCUUAGACAUGGGUCGGUCGCCUUCAGUUACCGGACACAUGUACAGUCCGUACAUGAUGCAGAACAGUCCACACACAGCGCACAGCCCAUCACCCUACCCAACACCCCGUUCUCCGUCGCACGUCAUCGAUACUUCCCACGAUCCCCCACGCACAAAGAGAGCUUAUAAAAGAAAGACCGAGGAUGGCACUACAAGUGUUGAUCCUAAAGUAAAGCCAAAGAAGCCUCGAGUCAAGCGAAAGCCAAAGCCAAAGGAUCCUGAAGACGCAAAUGCGCCUCCCAAACCAAAGCGAAAAACAGGACUCAAUAAACCAUUGAUUCCAAGCCCGGCCCUGUCGGCUGUGCUUGGUGGUGACACCGAGCUUUCCAGACCAGAAAUUGUAAAGAAACUGUGGUUCUAUAUAAAGAGUAACGAGUUACAAGACCCUGUGGAUCGUAGAUUUAUUCUAUGCGAUCAUAAGUUGAGGUCUUUGUUUGGACAAGAUAGAAUAAACAGCUUCCGGAUGAACAGAGACCUGUCAGCACAUUUGACAAACACGACAAUAGAUACGCACAGCCAAUUUGAUUUCAAGUCUAAAGAUGAAUUUUGCUUAGGAGUACUUUUUGACCAAAAAAAUGAUUUAGUCCCUGUGGUGUGUGUUUCACCUACCGGAACUGCAGAUACGCCAGACGUGAUGACACCAAUGGAAGGUUAUCAUGUUUAA